UUUUCAAAAUUUCAAAGUUGAAUUGCAGUUCAAAGUCCUGAUACAUGUAAUUACAUAAUCUUCAUCUGCGAUCAAAAGGAAUGGUGCUUACAAACUUUACUGGCACUGGUGUGGGAUUUGGUUUCGGUGCUGGUUGCGGUUUUGGAGUUGGAUGGGGUUUUGGAGGCAUUCCAUUGCAGAUAUUGGGUCUUGGCGUAGGUGGAGGUUGUGGGGUAGGACUCGGCCUAGGAUGGGGCUUUGGAGCUGCUUUCGGUAGUCAAUAUCGCACAAACAAGAUCACGUUCCAGGGCAUCAAUUUCAACGAUAAGAGUCCAAGUGAUGGGAAAACAAUGAAGGAUUAGGCAAGAAGAUCCAGGAGGUUUGGGCUUCACAAUUACUUUUCAUGUUGCUUCAAAGUGGACUUUCCCUCCUUGAUCUCCUUGCAAGUCUUUCUUUUCCAACUUGGUCUCAAUGGAAAUAGUGAAUGAUCUUUCAUCUUUGGACACUGCAUCUCAUUACAUCAGUUGACAGAAGUUUUAAGUUUGGCAUACCGGGGGGGGAGGAUUACAUUGCUAAAACGAUGACUGAUAUAGAGAUUGGAUUUCAAUAAUCUUAGAUGAAACUAUAGGGGUGAGUUUAGCUAUGGUGGGCAUGCAGUGUGCAUUAUGUUAUGACGAUGAUUGAAGUGGAGGAGUUAAGCAUAUGGAGUAUAUUUGUUUUGGUUGAUCUGUUGGUUUCACUUU